AUGGCAUCACCAUGCGUAAUAUUUUUCGAUGAGCUUGAUUCUCUUGCUCCCAGUCGAGGCCGUUUUGCUGAUUCUGGUGGUGUCGUUGACAGGCAUGUUUUAAACAUGGAUCUCAUUGCGGAAAUAGAUUCGCUUGAUGACGUAAGAAUUUUUUUGCUGGGUGCUACAAAUCGGCCGGACCUAUUGGAUCCGUCGCUUCUCAUACCUGGAAGAUUUGACAUAAUUAUUGAAGUGGGCAGAUGUAAGGAGGCGCGCGAGCGUGAACAUGUGCUUCGUGCGGCUGGCCGAAAUGUCAACUUUGCAGAUGAUGUUAACCUGGAAGAAAUUGCUCAUUCGUGUGCGCUUUUGUCCACAGGAGCAGAAUUACAAGCCGUCAUUUCGCGAGCAUCACUGGACGCAGUGCGCAAACGAAUAACGGAAAUUGAAGAAAACGUGGCAUCGCCUGGCGAAACGCUUCUGGUUUCUCAGAACAACUUAAGGAAUGCAGUGAAAGAGGUUAUUCUCGGUUGGCAUAGAUUGUAG